UCUCAAUGAUGAGAUUGGCAAAUAAGGAUCUUUACCAACAUUUCAAGGAUGCAGGAAUCGAUUUGGCAAACCUUACACAUCGCCGCAAAAUUGAGAUUAUUUCAGUUUAUUUUAUCUGGAUGCGUCUAAUUAUGAAUACCUGGCAGUUGAGCUCUUAUUGUUUGGAUGAAAUCACUUUCACACUUCAAACUAUUCAAUUUUGGAUGGUUCACUGCUGCAAUUUGUUUAUUGCUAAUCAAUAG